AAAUAUGAUCAACUCAAGAGAGUGGAAUUCAAAGAAUGGAACAGCGACUCUUUAAUGUAUAAAAGAGCUGUGGUGCUUUAUUUAAGUCUGUUACAUUUGAAAGAAUAGGCUGAUGUCGAUUCUGUAGACGUUGGAGGUUACAUAGCUUCCUGUUCUCAACUGAAAACCAGCAUUCAACCAGGAUCCACCAGAGAUCUAAGCAGGCAGAGCAAGCCAGACCUGGGACCGCCCUGGACCGACUGAUUCAGCACAUGGUCGUGAAAGAUCUACUGAAACAUGCCAGAAAAAUGUCAGCCUAUGUUGAUGGGGGCUCUGGUGGUGAUGGCCAUAGCCCUGCUGAUCUCAGUGUGCGUCAACAUUGUUCAAUGCUACCUCAGACAAAGGAAAAACUCAAAGACAGACAGUAUCGAGAGGAGGUAUCAAGGACAGAGUUCCAGCUCUAGUAUGGAGAAUGGAGUCUAUCGCUUUCACGAUGAUAUCCCCGAGCAUCAAGAGAAUCCUAUUUAUGGAAACAUUCUCAAAGUAAGAAGAGUGAAAGGGUGCACUGCGCCUCGAGAAUCGAUGACCCUGCAGCAUGCACAAGGCAACAAGCCCUCAGAGUCCCACAUGAACUACGCCUCCCUGGACCUCAAGGAGACCAAACGGGGCCACAAGAAGAAGAACGGCGUGCACCCGGGGCCCACCGGGGACCCCCGCCCGGACCUCCAGGCCACCCUGCUCCGGCCCCCCGGGGAGGCAGAGGAAGGCCGGCUCUCCUCGGGGGGGGGCGGCAGCCCCGGCCCCUCCCACAGCAGCAUCUACCUCAACAGCCAUCAGAUCGCCAUGGAGACGGAGGAGCGAGGACGGGACGACGGGUGGCCCGGGACGAGCCGGCCGCCGACCUGGGGCGCCGACGGGGACUGGCCGCUCCGGAACGGCGCCUGGGGGCCGGGCAGUGUGCUGUAA